AUUCUAAACAAACUCAAAAAAAAAAAAAAAAAAAAAAAAAACAUGGGUUUUUCUCUUUGGUUUUUAGUGCUCUUUUUUAUGAUAUGCAGUAGCAAUUAUCUUGUUGUUUCAUCAGUACUCAACACUGCUCCUUUAGAUGGUCUCCUCCCAAAUGGCAACUUUGAGCAAGGACCAAAGGCAUCAAACAUGAAGAACAAGGUAAUCAUAGGAAAAUACUCGCUACCAAAAUGGGUAAAAAAAGGCCUAGUACAGUACAUUUCCGGUGGACCCCAACCGGGUGGUUUUUAUUUUCCGGUUCCCCGUGGGGUCCACGCAAUAAGACUAGGGAAUCAAGCUUCCAUAUCCCAAUAUUUAAGGGUUAAAAAGGGUACAUUUUAUUCAGUCACAUUUAGUGCAACAAAAACAUGUGUAGAAGAUGAGGUUCUAGAAGUUUCAGCUUAUACAGAAAAAGCUGAUUUACCUAUUCAAACUUUAUAUAGUAGUAAUGGUGGAGAUACUUAUGCUUGGGCUUUUCAAGCUAAAUCUAAUAUUGUGAAGCUUUCAUUCUAUAAUCCUGGUAUUCAAGAAGAUCCUACUUGUGGGCCAUUGUUGGAUGCUAUAGCUAUUAAACAGAUGGACCCACUUCCCAAAUCAACAGGAGGAAAUCUAAUAAAAAACGGAGACUUUGAAAUCGGUCCUCACGUAUUCAACAAUUUCUCAACGGGGGUACUUCUCCCCCCACAUUCACAAGACGUAGUAUCCCCUCUUCCAGGAUGGAUAAUUGAAUCACUCAAACCCGUCAAAUACGUCGAUUCAGCACAUUUUUUCGUAUCUUCAGGAUCCGCAGCUAUUGAGCUAGUCGGAGGAAGAGAAAGUGCAAUUGCUCAAAUCAUAAGAACAAAACCUAGCCAAUCCUACCUCCUUACCUUCACAAUUGGAGAUGCUGAAUAUGGUUGUCUUGGAUCAAUGGUUGUUGAAGCAUUUGCUGCUAUGGACAAUGUUAAAGUACACCAUGAAUCUCAUGGAAAGGGCAGUUUCACUAAAGCUAGUCUUAAGUUUAAAGCUAUUUCAUAUAGAACUAGAAUUACAUUUUGGAGUGCAUAUUACCAUACUAUUAUCCAAGACUUUGGACAAAUGUGUGGUCCUAUCUUGGAUGAUGUUAGCGUUGUGCCUCUCAAAUAAGUCGAAAAUUAUACCCCUGAAACCUUAAUUUUAACUAAAAAAGAUUGAUAGGUCUUAUAUUGAUUAUUAUUAAUAUUAUUAAAUGAUUUUAGAUGGAUGUGUGAGAUUAUCAAAUCUAUUUUAACGAAGAUAUUCACUAUAAUAACCUAUCGGCUAUGAGAGUCACACAUAUAUUACUUAAGUAGUUUUUGACAAUGUAAUUUUCUUUUUAUAAAUCGUCUUUGC